AUGGCAUCCCAACACGACGCCAACGACGACGACGCCCUCCCACCAGAACUCAUAACAACAUUCAACGAACUCAAAUCAUCCCUCCUCUCCCAUUCCCUUCCCUCAACACUUACAGCACUCAAAGCAGGCGCACCAGCAUGGUAUCAAGACCCAGAGUCAGGCUGGGGUGCACUACACUACGCCGCCGAGUGGGGGGACGAAGCUGCUGUAAAGGCGGUGCUGGAUGCUGGAGGGGUGUGGAAUGCCUUGGACAACUUGGGGAACACGGCUGCGGAUAUCGCAAUAUCGAGAAACGAACAAGGAGUGUACGAGCUCAUACGUGACGCUGGCUUGCGCUCCGAACUACUACUCCACCUCCUAGCCCAGCAUUCCGCUCUCACAGUAGCCGACCCCACCCCCGCAGCGAACAUCGACUCCUUCCUUUCCUCUCACCUCGUCUUCCACACAGACGGCGACGGGCAGGAAGUAUGCUCCGUUUACGUUCCUUCUUCCGAGGAGGGGGAGGAAAAACAGGUAGAGGUGGGGGUGAUGAUGGCCUGGGAGCGGGUGAUCAUGCAGGAGACCGUUGACCUGCUCUCGUCUUCCCUUCUCGGAGGAGGAAAAGACCUAAGAGUUCUGAACGUCGGUUUCGGGCUCGGGAUCAUCGACACUCUUUUCCAGUCCCUCUCCCCUGUGAAACAUACGAUCAUUGAGCCCCACCCGGACGUAUUGGCGCAUAUGGAAAAAACGGGCUGGGCGAACAAGCCCGGGGUCGAGAUACGGAGAGGGAAAUGGCAGGACGUCCUCCUGCAGGGGGAGGGCGAGGGGGAGAAAUGGGACAUAGUAUACUUUGACACCUUUUCGGAGCAUUAUUCUGAUUUGAGGCAGUUCUUCGCCCUCCUUCCUAAGAUCCUCUCUGGUCCACGCGCUAGGUUCUCAUUCUUCAACGGUCUAGGCGCGACGAAUGCGGUGUUCUACGACGUCGCCUCCCGCCUCGCCGAGAUCCAUCUUCUCAAACUCGGACUGUCCACGCACUGGGUCCAAGUAUGGGUCAAGGCUGACGUCCUGGAGGCGUGGUACGACAGCAGGCAGUAUUUCAAGCUGGAAUGGUACAAGUUGCCGAUCUGCAGCCUUAGGGCUGCUUAGUGCUUGGUGCUGGAGGCGGGAGACUGGAGACUGAGGGCUGCGGGCUGCCGAGGACUGAUACGUCAUCGUGUCGUGUCGUGUCGUGUCGCGGGUUGGUUGGAUUGGACCGGUUUGGGUGGAAGACAGGCGGCACCGCGCAUUAUUCUCGAUUCUCGAUUCCUGAUUCCUGAGGAUGACUAGGUAUAUCCAGGCCACGCGUUUCCCUACUUCUGCAUUCUGCUUCGGGAAGGACGCUGGCGCUGGCGCCUGUGUCUGUAAUUGGCUGCUUCCUUCUUGUUCGGGAAGGACGCUGGCGUCUGUAUAUAUAAUUGGCUGCGGUGGAGGCUCCAUAUAUUG